AUGGUUCCCCUCCUCAUUUUGCUUGCCGCAUUCUCAUCCUCAAGCGCGCUUGGUGCGAUACACGAAAGGUUCGAGGACCUUCCGAUCCAGGAUUUCAAUUACAUAAUUGUGGGAGGUGGAACCGCAGGGAACGUACUCGCGAAUCGGUUGACAGAGGACCCCCAUAUCUCCCUCCUUGUUCUCGAAGCUGGCACAUCGACCGCCGAUGUUAUCCUCUCAGAGAUCCCUUUCUUUUGCUCUGACGUAGUUCCGGGAACGCCUUGGGACUGGAACUUCACCACAACGGAGCAACCGGGAUUGAAAGGACGUUCCGUUCGACUGCCACGAGGCUUUGGAUUAGGGGGAAGUAGUGCUGUUAAUGGCAUGGCUUAUACGCGUGAUUCCUCUCAGGAUUACGACCGCUAUGCCCAGGUUAGCGGUGACGAUACAUGGGGAUGGGAUGCCUUGCAACUGUACUUUCGAAAGAACGAACGUUUUGUAGGUCCAGCCGAUAACCACAACACAACGGGUCAAUUCGAUCCUGCCGCCCAUGGUUUCGACGGUAUCAACCCUGUAUCUAUGCCUGGAUACCCACGGGGUACCGACAGCCACGUCAUCCAGACAACGGCCGAAUUACCUGAUGAUUUCCCUUUCAAUCUGGAUUAUAACUCCGGAUAUCAUCUAGGCGUUGGAUGGACACCAGUCACCGUUGGAAACGGGACUCGAAGCAGCUCACAGACAUCCUAUCUUGCGCCUGAAUAUAUUGAGCGGCCGAAUCUGCACGUUCUGAUCCACACACAUGUCACUCGGAUCCUGCGGUCUACAAAAGAGUAUCUUGGCGGUUCGCCCAUAUUUAACGCUGUCGAAUUUACUCAGGAUGCUGGAGCAUCCAUUCACACCCUUGCGCCUCCGAGUCUCAAGGAAAUUGUUCUCUCCGCAGGCUCUAUCGGCACCCCACAUAUCCUGCUACACUCAGGCAUAGGUGACAGCAUCGAACUUGCAGCACUCGGAAUUUCACCAACCGUCCACCUACCUGACGUCGGCAAGAACUUGACGGAUCACCCAGGAUAUAAUAUCCUUUUCUCUGUUAACAGCACCAACACGAUUGAGAACGUGUAUCUCAGAAACGCCACCUUUCAAAGGGAGGCCUUGGCUGAGUGGCGGGCUUCCCAGACAGGUUAUUUGACAGCAGGCAUAGCUAAUCAAAUGGGGUUCCUUCGCGUUCCUGAAGAUACGGGUGUGGUGGAAGGAGAGCCGUGUGCGGGGAACGAAACUGCGCAUUACGAGUUGAUCUUUAUAAAUGGUGAUUUCUGGGAACCUGUUCCAGAAACAGGAAACUUCUUUAGAAUUUCAACGAUCGUUUUGUGUCCUCUUUCCCGCGGAACCGUCACUAUAAAUAGCACCAAUCCCUUGGACCCACCACUAAUCAACCCGAAUUAUCUCACACAUCCGCAGGACCUAUCUAUCAUGCAAUAUGCCUUAGCCAGCGCGCAGAAUUUCGUUACAGCCCCAGUAUGGGAUGGCUACAUCCUCGACAUCUUGACCAAUACCACAGUGGACGAUAUCAGGAACGGCUCUUAUAGCGUGGACCAUCCGGUAGGUACAGCAAGCAUGUCUCCUGCUGGUGCAGAUUGGGGAGUUGUGGACCCGGAUCUGAAGUUGAAGGGCGCUAAGGGCGUAAGGAUUGUCGAUGCUUCAGUUAUGCCGUUCGUGCCAGCAGGACAUACUCAAGCGGCUGUGUAUGUGAUCGCGGAGAGGGCUGUAGAUCUGAUUAAAUCGGAAAUGCUCGGGGCGAUAUACGAAAGGCUCGAGGAGCUUCCGACUCUCGAUUUCGAUUUUAUUAUUGUCGGAGGCGGAACAGCAGGAAACGUCAUUGCGAACCGUCUCACAGAGGACCCGCAGGUCUCUGUCCUUGUUCUCGAAGCGGGCGCAUCGACAGCCGACGUUCUCCUUUCUCAAGUGCCUUUCUUUUUUCCUCGUAUAGUGCCAGGGACGGUUUGGGAUUGGAACUUCACCACGACCGAGCAGCCAGGGUUGAACGGGCGCUCUGUACCGCUUCCUCGAGGAUUUGGACUGGGAGGAAGCAGUGCCGUCAACGCUAUGUUCUAUACACGCGGUUCGUCCCAAGAUUACGACCGUUAUGCUCAAAUCAGUGGUGACCCUGGAUGGGGAUGGGAAGCUUUGCAACCGUACUUUCGGAAGAAUGAACGCUUCGUCGCUCCAGCUGACCACCACAAUACGACCGGUCAGUUCAACCCUGCGUCUCACGGCUUCCGUGGGGUUACAGACGUUUCUCUUCCUGGAUACCCGCGUGGUACGGACAGCCUUAUUAUUCAGACGACAACAGAACUCCCUGAAGAUUUCCCUUUCAAUCUGGAUUAUAAUUCCGGUUACCAUCUGGGAAUUGGAUGGGCGCCCUUGACGGUUGGAAAUGGUACUCGAAGCAGCUCGCAGACGUCAUAUCUUGGACCUGGAUAUAUUGACCGACCGAACCUGCAUGUCUUGGUUCAAGCUCAUGUUACUCGAAUUCUCCGGUCAGAUAACAAGAACAUCAAUGGACUGCCAACAUUUAACGCAGUUGAGUUUACCCAAGAUGCUGGAGUAACCAAACAUACUCUCGCGCCUACAAGCCUCAAGGAAAUCGUUCUUUCUGCUGGAUCCAUUGGCACGCCGCAUAUACUCCUUCAUUCUGGGAUCGGAGACGCAGGGGAACUCGCAGCUUUGCACAUUACACCGACUCUCCACCUUCCCGACGUCGGCAAGAACUUCACAGACCACCCCAUUUGGAGCAUGCUUUUCACUGUUAGCGAUACUGAUACUAUAGAAAAUAUCUAUUUCAGAAAUGCGACAUUCCAAGCAGAUGCCUUGGCCGAGUGGCAGGCAACUCGAACAGGCUUUUUGACGGUGGCGGCGGCAAAUCAGCUAGCGUUCCUUCGAAUUCCUGAUGGCGCAGGCAUAGUUGAAGGAGAACCGUGUGCCGGAAAUGAGACAGCACAUUAUGAAAUGAUUUUAUCGGCAUGUACCACGCUAGACCAAGUCAAGUUUUGGUUUCUGACUCUCUUACAGAACGGAGUUUUUCGGGACCCCAUCCCAGAAACGGGGAACUUCUUUUCUGUCCGGCCGGCUGUUAUGUGUCCUCUAUCGCGCGGGAACGUUACUAUCAACAGUACGAACCCCUUGGACCCACCGCUAAUUAAUCCCAACUUCCUCUCUCAUUCGCAAGAUCUCGCUAUCAUGAAAUACGCUAUUGCCAGUGCACAGAAACUGGUCACUGCCCCGGUAUGGGACGGAUAUAUCCUCGAUAUCGUAACAAACACUACCGAAGACGAUAUCAGGAAUGGGGUUGCCAGUCUUUUCCAUCCGGUGGGUUCGGCAAGCAUGUCCCCAGCGAAUGCAGAUUGGGGAGUGGUAGACCCACAUCUGAAGUUGAAGGGCGCUAAGGGUGUCAGGAUUGUCGAUGCGUCAGUUUUGCCGUUCUUACCAGCAGCGCAUACUCAAGUACCGGUGUAUGUGUUCGCGGAGAGAGCCGCCGAUUUAAUCAAGGAAGACAGAUACUGA